GACAGUGCUCUCGUAGGUGAUUCUCCAGUGUUUUUCGACACACUUCAGCCACUCGCGUGGAUUUAAUCGCUAGCCGUCGUCAAUCAUCCGUUCUGGUUGAUUCAAAAUGACGGCAGGCCCGAGUCUGGUAGUUCCCAUUGUGCUCUGGGGCCGGAUAGCACCGACUCACUGCAUAUCAUGUAUUUAUCUAUCGAGGGACCAGAAGACACUUGUCACUGGAUGCUACGAUGGACAAAUCUGUCUGUGGCAGGUCGACCCAGACACCUUAAAGAUGACACCUAGAUGUCUACUGGUCGGACACACGGCUCCGAUAAUGUGUCUCAGUCGUGCCAGUGUCAUAAUGGAGCAGAACUACAUCGUGAGCAGCAGCGAGAGUGGAGAGAUGUGCACCUGGGACUUGGUAGACGGAAAGUGUCGUGAAGCUGUUAAAUUGAAUAAUAUUCACACACAGAUGCUUCCUUAUGUGUCUGCCGGGGGAGAGGACGUCAGGUUGUUUUGUUCUGGGUAUUAUCCUGAAGUAUUGGUGAUGGAUCCAUUCAGUCUGGAAGUACUAUUCACCCUGAGUUCACGUGUACAUCCAGACUGGAUCAGCGCACUGCACGUGCUACGGCCGGCCCAACGGAAAGGUCGGUUCUACGUGCACACAAAUGACGUGGUACUUGCACUCUCCACCACUGGGACAGUCAAAGUGUGGACGCUAUUGGGACAUGAGAAUCGUAAUAGUGAACCACUUUAUGAGCACGAGAGCAAGCAGAUCAGGUGUCUCAAUGCUCUCGCGAUGACCUGCUGUCCUUACAAUCAGAGGACUGUUCUCAUUGUUUGUUCAAAGUACUGGCAGAUAUUUGACGCUGGAGAUUUCUCAGUCCUCUGUUCAGUGACAGCACGACCCGGAGAACGGUGGAUGGCUGGUGAUUUCUUGGCUGCUGACAGAGUCAUCGUAUGGAGCGACGAGGGCCACGGUUACCUGUACAAAUUGCCUUCAAACAAGCUGAAGGGCAAGGCUCUCAGCAGUAGCGUGGCAGAAAACACGAACUUCCAUCAACAGUCGACUGACAAUGAUCAACCAUCGUUGUACUAUAUUUUGACACAACCAGGGGAUAAGCCACUGUCGUGUCCCCCCGCAAUGCGCCUAGUCACAGUUCAGCGUCAGAACAAGACUCUCAAGUACUUACUCCGAGGUGACAGCGAGGGUGUGGUGAUCCUCUGGACAGUGCCGGAGGUGACUUCCCAGCAGGUGCUCCAGAUAACGCAGAAUGAGAAGUCGGAUCCACCGACUCUGGCGCCCACGAUAAAGACGAGUCUUGAGGCUGCUUGGGAGGAUAUGAAACCACCACCUGUUGGUAUUCUGGAUCAGUUGGACUCUGGGGACAGUCAUGGAAUCAAGUUGACAGCUUGUAUUUAUCUUCCACAACAGAGUAGACUGGUAGUUGGUCGUGAGGACGGAAGUAUUAUAAUCGUCCCAGCGACGCAAACGGUGAUGCUGCAGCUUCUCCACGGCAAUCACCAGCAGUACGACGACUGGCCGCCCCACCAGGUCCUGCUGGGCCACUCGGGUCGUGUGAAUUGUCUCUUGUACCCUCACAGUGCAGCCCCACGUUACGACAAGGCCCACCUAGUCUCGGGAUCCGUGGACUUUGCAGUCUGCCUGUGGGACCUCUACGCCGGCACCUUGAUCCACAGAUUCUGCGUCCACGCGGGGGAGAUCACCCAGCUGAUGGUUCCCCCCGACAACUGCAGCCCCAGGAUCCAGAAGUGCGUGUGCAGUGUCGCCUCGGAUCACUCGGUGACACUUCUCUCACUGGCUGAACGAAAAUGCGUGGUUCUGGCUUCGAGACACUUGUUCCCCGUUGUCACCAUCAAGUGGAGGCCUCUCGAUGAUUUCAUGAUCAUCGGGUGCUCCGAUGGAGCGGUCUACGUUUGGCAGAUGGAGACUGGACAUCUGGACAGGGUUCUCCAUGGUAUUAUUGCUGAGGAGGUGCUCUAUGCUUGCGAUGAAAACACUAUCGCUGCCUCCGGGGGCUCUGCUGCUGGCGGGGAACUCGGGCUGGCUAAUCCUGCUGUUCAUUUCUUCAGGGGUUUGAGGCACAGAAAUUUAUCCGCGAUUCGUCACGCAACUCAACGAGGCCUCCACCAGCUCCAGCAGCUCCACGGAGGGCAUGGUAACGAUCACGGUAAUCAGAUCAAGACGAAGGGAGCUCCACUGAUGAUCCAGGGAUUCAGAAGCAACCCCAAAGACCCAGAGAGUCACAUCAUGUUCUUCGACAUUGAGGCUUUAAUAGUACAAUUAUUGAGCGACGAGUAUGGUGCCAUGUCUCCUGGAUCAUUGGAGGCACAGGGGCUGAUAUCUGCCUCUGAAUAUCAAAAAGUUGCAGCACUGACCCAGUCAGCAAGUCCCGAUGCCCAUAAAAAAAUUGCAGACUUUUUCGGUCGCGUGAAGGAUAAGGCAGGGGAUAUGGAGAGAAUUCUCAAGGAGAAAGACCGACACGGUAUUUUGGCAAAAAUGAAGGAGGGCGCUGAGAAUGUUCACACUAAAUUGCAGGCAAAGGUCGAGAGCGUUGGCCUCAAACCGUCAACACUAGAUGGUGAAGGCUGGAGCAAUAGCGAUAGCUCCAGAAAUCCCUUGAAGAGGAGUGGAACGUUCAGUGAACCCAAUAUAACGAUGGAGAUUGCACAAUUAUUACUGAGUCUUCUUCAUGCCUGGGGCAUGGAUCCUGAUCUUGACAGAGUUUGCGAGGGCAAAUUGGGACUUUUGAGACCUAUGGUUCCAGUGUCUUUCGGGGUUUUGUCGAAAGGAGGCUACAUGUCUCUCCUCCUGCCGACCUGGCAAACCCACCUGGAGCCAGCAGGUGAGCCCGCCACAAAGCUCGAGCAGCGUCUCCCCGCCGAGCUAGUCCACCAGGACCGUCUCACCAAAGCCUUCACAGCGCGAGCCCACUGGGAGCUCUCGACGACGCUCACCAGCAACCACCUCCUCGCCGUGGUGGCCCUCGCCAACACCCUGAUGUCCAUGAACAAUGCCACCUUCGUCCCCGAGCAAGAGCGCAACCGUAAAAUGCAUCGACCUGGGAAUCGCGCGGGUGUAAACUGGAACAAAGCAGAGGAGGAGAACGAGGAGAUGUUCACUGUGCAGCAGGCGCAGAUAAAGCAAGGCUGGAGCCUCCUGGCGACGCUGCACUGCGUCCUCCUGCCGGACAAGGUGACAGCGAUGGGUGGCUCGAAGACCUUCAAGCGCCUCCAGGUGGAGAUGAUGGCGAGGCGAUGGCAGCACCAGUGCCUGGAGGUGCGUGAGGCAGCGCAGGCACUGCUGCUAGCUGAACUCGGGAGGAUGGGGCCGAAGGGGAGGAAAGCCCUGGUGGACAGCUGGUCGCAGUACCUUCCGAUGUACAGCACACAGGAGCCCAUAGUCCCCCAGCCCCAGAACCACUCGCCCCCCUCAGGCAGUCCCACCCCAGUGGUCGAGGCGAACCCCGAGGAGGAGGACGAGGAGGAGGAGCUGGCGGAGGAAAUUUGUGCUGCGAGAAAGCCCUCGAGUGUUGCUGAACUCAAGAGGAAACAGACGACUGCUGUUGUACUUCUAGGGGUCAUUGGGGCUGAAUUUGGCCAGGAUGUGGCUGCCAACAAUCAGAAGCGUGACAGCGAUCAGAGGAGGAAGAGCUCAGUGGUCGAGGGCUUUGGCAUUGGGAAUAAUAAUCUCGCGAGGCUGACCAGCAUGGCCCUGAUGCACCUCCUGCAUGCUCCGUCCUCCCCCAAACUUCCUCUUCACACUUCCCUGAGAAGAGCUGCCAUUGAUCUCAUUGGAAGGGGCUUCACUGUCUGGGAACCCUAUCUCGAUGUCUCCAAGGUACUCCUGGGGCUGCUGGAGAUGUGCUGCGAUGCCGAUAAACUCGUGCCCAGCAUGACUUAUGGACUUCCACUCACUCCAGCUGCUGACACCUGCAGAACGUCGAGGCAUGCCUUGACGUUGAUUGCCACUGCUAGGCCUGCUGCCUUCAUCACUACUAUGGCGAGGGAGGUGGCUAGGUUCAAUACACUUCAGCAGAAUGCUCAAACUCUUAAUGUUAAUUUGGGGGCCAGUGUUCUGGCCAGGGCUAAACCCGAAAUUCUGAGGAUUGUGGAGCAGCUGAUUGAUAAGAUGCAGAGCGAAAUGAGCGAUCUCCUGGUUGAGGUAAUGGAUAUCAUUCUGCAUUGUCUGGAUCCAGGUCAUUUGAAGACAAAGCCAUUGAACGAGGUAUUCCCAGCCGUAUGCAGAUUCAAUCAGGUCAGUCAUUGCUCAGCAACGAGGAGAAUAUCCGUUGGCAGCAGGGGUGGACAAUUGGCACUGUAUGAACUGCGUGGCACUGUCAAGUGUCAGACUGUCUUGGCUCAUCAAGCCCCAGUUACUGCCUGCGCUUUCUCACCGGAGGGAAAAUUCUUAGUCAGUUACUCCUGCACGGAAAACAAAUUAUGCUUCUGGCAGCAAACAAGCAGCGGAAUGUUCGGCCUAGGAAAUUCCCAGACCCGUUGUGUAAAAUCGUACAGUACUGCACCGAUAAACGACGUAGCAAGGUUGAAUCCAAUGCGGCUGGCCCGUUUAAUCUGGAUCAACAAUCGCACCGUCACCCUGAUGUUGGCUGAUGGCUCUGAGACACGUUUCAACGUCUAAUCGAGUAAUAGAUAAAUAAAUCGACCAGGAGAGUAAACGAGGGGAGAAUUAUUCUUUACAAAAGAUUCUUUUCUUAAUUCAUAGUUCAAUUUGUUUCUCUCGACAGCUGACUGGGCGAAUGCAGGAUAGCAAAGGUAAAUUAAUAAACUCACUAGUGAAUUUUGUUUUUUUUUAUGAGAUAUGGAAUACUGGAAGUAAAUACCAAAUAUACACAAUAAUGUAUAUAAAAUGUUACGGACGACAGUUCGCUGGUAUCGAAGCACACAUCACGUGGAUUUUAAUUAUUGAAAUUCUGUUAGUCUUCUCCCACUCAUCGUUCAGUUCAUCAUUUCAAUUUUUAAGUAAGAUUGUUAUUUAUUUACAGUAUGUAACACAGGUUGAAUGGAUUCUACGUUGAAUGAAGUGUGAAAAUUUAACGAGUGAACGAUUAACUGUUCAAACCAUCAGUGGAAUAGACUCGUGAAUUAAUUAUGUGAAGAGACAGGAAUAUUAUCGAUUUAAAGCGUUCGUAAUUGGACAUCUGCUCCAUUAACUUCUGGAAGUGAAAAUAUUUUUUUUUUAUAUGACAGCAUUGGAAAUUUCGCACAAGAGUCGACUGAGAAUAUUUAAGUUUCGAAUGAAUAGAUGGUUUUCAACGACAAAUUGAGUGUCUAAUUAGAAUGUUAACAAGGGGUUUCAAGAGAAAAUGGUUAAUGACUAUUAAUUUUCUCCUGAAGUUACUUGUCCCCGAGAUGAAUAUUGAAUUGACGAAUUGACUAUCCUUUCAUUUCAUUCAAUCGAAGAAUCGAAUAACCGCUGAAAUUAUUUAUACGGAGUCAAAGAAAAACCUAAACCACCGACAAUAAGAAGGACUAACGUACCCUGUAAUAUAAUUAUUCUGUUAAUAUUUAAAGAUCGAAAGGCUAAUUAACGUCGGUAAUGUGUGAUUACUCCCUCACGUACACCAGCAAGAGUCCUAAAGCACUAGUAUUAUACCCCACGUGUCUGUGUAAAAAACUGAAUUAUUGUUAUUACGGAUAUUGAAGAAUGUUAUGUAAUUGUACUUGUCCCGUCACCAGGCGACGCUUUCCGUUUUUUAGGUGAUCAGUGGCUCGUUGAUUUUGCCAUUAUUAAAUUAAUUAUACGUUCUCUACUUGGAUAAUUCACUUAUGAAAUGGAUGAAAACUUGAGGAUUCAAUUUUUUUUUUAAGUGUUAAAUCAUGUAAUUUUUCCUGUGAUUUUAGAGGGAAGCGUCAAGACUUUUUUCUGAGUUGCAGGAAAAAUUGGAAAUAAUGAACAAAAUUUUUUUUAUUAAUCAAAAUUCAAUGAAAAUGUUUAAUUUGAAUUUUUACAUUCCCCAAGCCACUACUGAAUUUAUCAGAAUAUUUUAUGUUUUGUUAUUAAUAAUUCAGGAAAAAAGUGUAGAUUACUUAGUCAAUUUUAGUGAUAUACUUUGUUUAAGUCAUUAGUCAGUGAGAAAACGUCGACGAGCCACUGAUUCAGUCACGUUUCACUACGAUUUAUUUUAUAUUCGCGUUGAUGAACGUGUUGAGUCAUCAAGGGUUGUUUCACAAUUAUUAGAUAAUUUUUAAUGUCGCAGAACGCAACCCUCGGAUAAUCUUUCUCCUGAACUUUUGUUAACAGACUACUUCUCCACUUCCAAUGAUCAGUGAAUUGAUGUACAAUUGAUCGAACUGUGAAAGAAACACCCGCUUCUAUGCAAUUACGCGUUUUCAUUGUUAAUGAUUAUUGUAAUAAUGAGACAAAUGUAUUUAAUGUAUUAAUUAUUAAGAGUGUAAUGUCGAUGGAAUAUAUUAUGAUAUAUGAGAACAGA